AGCUGGGAGCGGGAAGUAACACUUAGUUAUGCGGAGGGUAGAUCUACUGACACCAAGACUCGGUGAUCUUGUUAUGCUAGAAGUAGAACUAACACAAUGUCAAAUGAAGUAAAGUAAGGACGUCGAUGAACACACAGUCCGAGUAAAAGUCAGAUGCUGAGCUAGUCAAAACUCCAGUAGAUCUAGCAGCCUGCACUCAGCAAAUAAUUAGAUCGCUAUGUAAACCAUCGUCACCCUGGACAAAUGUGUAGCGAAUAGAGAGUUUUCGUGCCAGGUCACAGCCACAGGUGUGGCGCUACGAUCACGAAAUCAGCUUGUUUGUACGCUACGUAACGCACCAGUGCGUGCUAGAGUCGUAGAGAAGUAGAGUAGAGCUACCGAGCUGUCCUGUAUCGACUAUCGUCUGUGACUGCGUCCAUAGACCAUACUGCGCACACAGCUUUUGUCGUGCCCAGUUCACGAUCACAGGCGCUGUGCUCUGCCGCCAGUAGUGUUUCAUCCAUCCAUGGGACUGUAGAACUUAGAAGUGUAGUCUCUACUCUAGUGUAGGCUGGCUGGGACUAGUCAAAGUGGGAGCAAGGCAAGAAAAAUAAUCGUCAUUUUGGUCUUCUCGCUAUGAGUAUGAGGAUGAUGGAGCGGAAGCCGACUUCAGACGAGAUCCGCCAGUUCUCUCAUGAGGAAAUUGAUGGCCCAGAGGACCAAGAAGGAGAGGACGGAUGCGAUGCGUUUUCAGACGGCAGUGCCGACCAUGAGUUUCGCACGUAUUCAUCAUCGUACAGCAACAAUGCCAUCGCGGGGGCAAGCGGCAAAGGCAAUGGCAACACAGUACUGAACAGUGUCAGCCCAGCAGGGAAGCUGCCCUACAGUGCCGACCAGCAGAGAGGUAACCAUCCGUAUCCUGGCUACAGCAGCAGCGGUGGCGGCGGCAUGCAAACACAUAGCAAUGGGCAAAUACAGGAUAUCGGUGCUUGUCCACGACUGAUUCCGCGUGGAGAUCGAGGGCGGGAUACUGAUAGUGUCAUGCAAGGAGCCGGCGUGCAGCCUGGUUAUGGCGCCGGACCUUCAUCCCACAAGGAUCCCAUCACCAGCGGCCAUGGACACCCGGCACCUAGGAUACACUCGCCCCCUGCACCGCCACCACCAGCUGUGCAGCACCAGCACCCGGGAGUUCCCCCACCAGCGAUCGAAGUGGACACAAAGCAUCGUCCACAGGAAGACUGGAAUCACGGUGGCGGCGGACCAGCCGGCGCAUCUGGCCCCUACGCCGGCCACAACAUGCAGCAUCGGCAUCAGCAGCCAGUGCUGCCACCGUCUUCUGGAGCAGGCCGCCCACAUCGUCCUGGGCACCUGGACCUGCCACACGCGCCACCAGCCCCGCCGUCGCAGCAAUCAUCGUCGACGAUGAGCAGAGGCAUGCAGUACCCGGGAAUGCAUCCGCACGCUCCACCGCAUCCGCACGGACCGCCGCCGCCACCACACCACCGUUACAUGCCCCGGCAUGCGCACCCUGGCUACUCCCAGCAAAUGGUGCCGCCACCGAAUCACAACAUGGCAAUGGCGAUGAGACAGCAUCACAUGAUGUAUCCGCAACGAGCGAAUAUGCCUAUGAUGAUGGGUGGCGAUCGCAUGAUGAUGCACGGGCCCAACGCUAUGCCCGACCCACCAUACCGCAAGCCACAGCACAUCAAAAAGCCGCUGAACGCCUUCAUGUUGUUCAUGAAGGAGCAGCGUCCUAUAGUUGUUGCAAGUUGUUCACUGAAAGAGAGUGCUGCCAUCAACCAGAUCUUGGGCAAGAUGUGGCAUAACCUGUCCCGAACCGAGCAAGGCAAGUACUACGAACUUGCCAGAGAAGAGCGCCAGCAGCAUCAGCGCAUGUACCCCAACUACAAUCCCAGGGAGGCUUACAGCUCGAUGGGCCCGCGCAAGGGACGCCGACCAAGAAGAGGUGACCAUCUUCAGAACGAUGAGGUUACCCAGCUGAAGAAGUGUCGGGCUCGCUAUGGCCUCGACCACACGGAGAAAUGGUGCAAACCAUGCAGACGGAAGAAGAAAUGCACUAAGUUCACCAGCGCAGAUGACAAUGGCAGCGAUGAGGAGGAGAGCGGUGAGAAGCGGGAGCGAGAGUCACGAGAACCCACCGGUGACAAGGAGGUCAGCGAUGACGACGACGACGACUCGGACGAGAAGAGCAUUGCCUCGGCAAACUCCUCGCACGACGAAGACGAUUUCGACGAGGAGGACAUGGUGCCGCACUAUAACGAUGAGGAGCCCACUGGAGUUCACACGCUCAUUUCACCGGCUAUGCAGACAUCCGGUGGAAUUGCUGUCUUGGCGAACCGCAACGCAACGUUUCCUAUGGCUGACUACAACUCGACCGGCGGCAGUCUCUUCGGAGACCCAAGCUUGAAGUUCCCAGCAGCCGGCAUGGCCGGCAUUGCGGCAAGUACUACAUCGUCUGCAUUGUCCAGUGUUCCUCCAGCACUUCUCCUGCAAAGUAACGGCAACCUGCAGAAGGCGACGAUGGGAGCCGCAGGAGCUGAGAUGUGUCCUGCCGCUUCAACACCGGCGGAAGGAGACCGAGAUACCACUGGUGCUGCCCCUCUCGUCGCACCGUCAGGGACAAACGGCAUUAGCCAACACCUCUUGGCUGGCGCGAAUACAUUGAAAACACCUACAGCAAACACAACGUUAACACCCAUGACGACGCCAGAAGGUGUAAAGCCCGAAGAAAGUGCAGAGGGCCUGGGGAAAGAUCUCUCGCAAGGUGCCAUGUCGCACACGACGGCUUCGUGUAGUUCGAUGAUUGACCUCCCGUCAAAAGCCGGUGCUCCCACAGCUGUUUUGAGUAUGCCCGGUAAUUGAUGACUAUACCAACCACUGCUAUCGAUAGCCAUAGCAACCACCAUCAUUGGUGGCCGUGGCAACCAUUGUCAUUGGUGACCAUGGCAACCAUUGCCAUUGAUGACCAUGGAAACCUGCGCCAUGGAUAGCCAUAGCAACCACUGCUACUCAGCUGACCUAUGAUCAUGCGAGCUACGCUCAAUUUCGACAUACUUCAGCAUGUAGGCAUAUGUGCUUGAGUGAGUGGUUAUUGCUGCAGUGCCUGUCUUCUACACAGAUGAUUAGUAGUACAACACGAUACGAUAUUGUCUUCUGACAUCAGCAACAUGUGGACGCGCCAGUGUAUCGUGACAUGCGUACUGCCCUCUGGGCCAAUGUUCAACGUGCCGCCGAUAGCUGAAGGAAGCAUCAUCCUUGCUAAUGCAGUGCUGUGUGUGUUCCUGAUAGCCCAUUGGUAGCCCGGGCCAUUGGCUGAAUGCACCAGACAACUGUCAGAUUGUGUCUAGAUUGUUUGACUGUUCCAUUGGUCAUUCCGCUAUCCGUUCGAUGAUCGAGCUCUUUUUUUAUGUUCAGUCACCUGUCACGGUUCUCUUUGAAAACUGUGAGUGAAAUCUGUGACUGUGUGUGUGUGUGUAUUGUUUGAGUUUUGAGAGAAAAAACUGUUCUAUUUCAAAUUUUCAUAGAGACUAUUCUGAUUUAUAUCAUCAGCAUCGUCGCCAUUACUCAAGUUUAUGUCCUUCUCAGUGAUGAUAUUGUAACGUUUACAAACGCCUCCUGCAUGCACAAUCAUGUACAAGUACAUCCAUCACAGUGUCUAACGAUAAUCCGUCAUCGAGUGCUGUUUUGUUUGUAAAGUGUUGUGUUGUUGGUGCUCGCAACUUCUAAUAUAUUUCUCCAAUUACCUGUCCCAGUCUCCUGCACCACAGUCCCAACGGCUGGCUCUCAAUCUCACUAUGAUCUCUCUUCUAUCUUACUAGUCUUCUAUCUUACUAGUCUUCUAUCUUACUCUUCUAUCUUACUUCUGUUUCGGUGA